UCUGGUUACAAUUUAUUAUUUAUUAACUCUUUGCCUGCAGUAAGAAUCUGUUAAAAAUGAAUCAGCCACUGCCGCCUGAAAACAUCAACAGCCACAUAUUGAAUGUGCUCAAUUUGCCGCUGAUGGACAAGCUGCUACAGCUGGAAAUAUUGUUCGAACGCUGCACCUUGAGGCAAAUACAAGAACUUUUCCCGCUCAUCGUGCAUUCCAUGUUUGGCAUCAAUGGACAUGUUCUGGGCUGGGGACUGCGUACCACAACAAUGGAAAACGCACCACAUUAUUUCAAUAGACUGCAACACUUCUUGGGCGUGCAUGGUAUUUGGAUGCAGAUUUGCCACAAGCUGUUGAAUGAAACAACCAAAUUUGAAAUAGACAUUAACCUGUUGCCGCGUAAGUUUAUUGGCAUGCUGCAGGCGGGUCCCAUGUUCUAUGCAGAUCUCAUUAACAUAGAUAUUCUCAAGCAUCAGAUAACAACGCUGUCCCUGAACGCCUUUGACUUUUACAUAUUUCACUUUGCGCUGUAUGCGUUGCAGCCACUGCAUACCAUCAAUCCCAUUGCCAUGCAGAUACACAACGAACGCAGCAAAACGAUUUACCAGCUGCUGUCUGCUGAAUAUCUGGAAAACUUUUUGCCCUUUAGUCCGGAUGCACGCAUAGAGCCUGUCAACUUUAGCAACACUAUUAAGGCGCCACAGCCGCUGCCUGCGCAGACGUUGCAGCCCAUGCGUCAGCCCAAGUAUCUCAAACUUCCUAGCUCCUGGCGCAAUAGCAACGGCGUGGUUAUAUCCAGUAGUCCUGGCAGCGGCAACACAUCACCGCAGUCCGACAGCAGUGGUGGCGCUAGUGGACGUGCGCAUGUCUGGCGUUCAGAGUCAGUGCUGCACUUCUUUGUGGACAUCUGGCUGCGUUAUGAUAUCGAAUCGGAGCAUCAUUUGCCGAGCAGCGAAUAUGUGCGUGGUGUGCGCACUUUGGUUAAGCAAGUCCAUUUCUUUGCCAAUGCUGCACGCAUUGAUCAUACGCCGCUUUGUGCACUGCGCAAACUAUCAGUCAGCAUGGUUAAGGGGCGGAUUUAUGCAUUCCUCUGCAGUCUCAUUGAUCGCUGGCCACUGGACAGCUCCUUGUCGGUGGUGCUGGAGCUUUGGCUGAGCUACAUACAGCCCUGGCGUUACACUUUGGCUGCAGUUAAUCAUCAUGGCGGCAUUAACUAUCAACCCGAAAUCAGUCGCUACUUCGAUGGCUUUAUUAUAGACAAUUUAAUUGUUUAUACACAUAUAUUUAUGCAGCUAUUGCCACGCUUUGAGCGCCUGGAUUACUCUGUUUAUCGCAAUGCUUAUAUGCUGCAUCGUUUUGCCAAAAUGUUUGCCCAACAUGACUUGAUUGGUCGUCUCCAACAGUUCGAGCGUCUGCACUCGGGCAAUACCUAUGGCUUUGAUUCACCGCAGCGUCAAGUAAAUACGCUCAACCGAUCGCACAACAGUUCCUACAAUGCACAGUGGAAUCCUUUGCACAGCAGCAAUAUACCAAAACUAUUUAGCGAGGAUAUGCAUAUGCAAAUUGAAAGCUUCUUGUAUGUUAUAAGCAUGGCGCGUAAUACGGUGCUAUCAAACAUACGCAAUCUGCGCGGAGAAAUUGCGGAAAGGCAGCGCUCCGAAGGCUACUUAAAGAACUUGUUUAAGAAGUUCAUGGGCAAGUCCACGCAAGACGAGAUUACGCUCUGCGAAGCUAGUCGCAUACCAGAGGUGCUGCGUCAAAGCAUCGAUGCGUUCUGUCGCACUUUUAAUGUGGACAUGGGUAACUUGUCUAUGCUGGAGCAUGACACAUUGCCUGCUGAGCCGACGCCGCCAGCUUCAAUAAGCGGCAAAAGCUUUAGCUUUUUCGAUGCCAAUGGCUCGCUGGACACAUCCAAAUUAACACCACAGCAAAUGUCGUUGAAUCUAUCAAACAUACAUCCCACUAUAGAUCCAGCGAUGCUGCCCAUUAUGACAAAUGAGAUUAAACCUUUAGUCAGAGCGCUGCAUUUUAUAUCAGAGUCCAUAAAUAACAAAUUUGGCACGCAGAUUGCUGCUUACUACGCACGCGAGGACUUUUGUGGCAAGCUAACGCGUCAGCUGCUGUGUCCGCCCAUGACAGAGCAAUGGUUUGGCAAGAACCACGGCAAUGCGGAUUUAUUCGAAAGGCAGGUGCCGGCGCGUGUGAGUUUGCGUGCCUUGGGCUCCAUACCUACGCUACUUGUGCUAGGCUGCGCGCUGUGCUUUGGUCAGCUUUGGUGUGGUGCACCCAUUGUGGGAUUGCUGGCACUAUGCGCGCUGUUUCUUUGCUACUCAGCCUUGUUGGCCAUGUUAUCGUAAACGCAAA